AUGCAAAGACUCGCCGGGCGCUUAGCGGCCUUAAACAGAUUCUUGGCUAAUCAUGCGGCAAGGUCUUAUCCAUUCAUCAGCACGCUGCGGAAUUGCGCAAAGAAAACUGACUUUCAGUGGACACCCGAAGCAGAAGCAACAUUCAAACAAAUGAAAGAGUAUUUAAUUCAGUUACCAACGCUGACUGCACCAAAAGAAAAAGAACCAUUGAUCCUGUACCUGUCUGCGGCGGAAGUAGCAGUAGGAGCAGUAUUGAUGGUAGAACGAGAAAACAUCCAGACCCCAAUUUACUAUAUAAGUAAGAUGCUCACCGGCCCAGAAACUCGUUACUCGAUGAUAGAAAAGCUAGUCUUGGCAUUAGUACAUGCAACACGACGCCUACCCAGGUAUUUUUCAGGCCAUGUCAUCACAGUUCUCACCAAUUAUCAUUUGGGCCAAAUCUUAUCCAAACCCGACGUAGCGGGAAGGAUGGCUAAAUGGGCUAUUGAGCUAGGGGGAUAUAAUAUCUUGUAUAGACCAAGACCGGCAAUUAAAGGGCAGGUUCUGGCAGACUUUGCCACGGAAGUUCCCAUCGAUAAAGUUCAAGAAUGCGAAGCAAUCCAGAACCCUAUUCCUGUUUUCGAUGAUAGGGUGUGGACCUUACACACAGAUGGCGCUUCCAAUGAUGACGGAGCCGGCGCAGGCCUUCGAUUAGUCAGUCCUGACGAUCACGAACUUACAUACGCCAUACGCUUGGAUUUCCGAAGUACAAAUAACGAAGCCGAGUACGAAGCAUUCUUGGCAGGUCUCCGCCUAGCACUUAAAAUGAGAGCAAGGAACCUUGAAGCCAACGUCGACUCAAAGCUAGUGGCCAAGCAAGUUAAUGGCCAUUAUGAUGCUAAAGGAGAAACUAUGGCAUUAUACCUUGAACAAGCGCGGGCAUUAAUCAGCCAAUUCCAGACAUUCAGGGUUAAUCAUAUAAACAGGAGUGAAAACAAGCAUGCAGACGCAUUGAGCAAACUGGCCGCGACCAGCUUCAAACACUUAGCAAAAGAGGUGCGCAUAGAAGUACUGUCCAAUCCAUCUGUUCCUCUCAAACAAGUCAACAUCAUAGAAAUCGGCAAUCCAUCGUGGAUGUCCCCGAUCAUUUUGUACCUACAACACGGGAAACUCCCAGAGGAAAAAGCAGAAGCCAGGAAAAUUCAGAAUAAAGCAGUAAACUACGAAAUGGCAGACGACAUUCUUUACAGAAAGUCAUUCAUGGGACCGUUACUUAGAUGCGUUGACAAGACAGACGCACAAUACCUGAUCAGAGAAAUCCAUGAAGGCUUGUGUGGAAUACAUGCUCGUCCGCGUAUGGUAGUAGCCAAAAUAAUGAGCGCAGGAUAUUAUUGGCCGGGAAUGCACGUAGAUGCGGUAGAGAUCUUACGAAAAUGCACAGCAUGCCAACGCCACGCGCCAAAGACGCUCCGACCAAAAAAUCCGGUAGUACCAGUCAUAUCUGCUUGGCCAUUUCAACAAUAG